GUUGUCACUUAGAUUCAGAAAACAAAAAAGAGAGAGGUAUGGAAGCGGCAAAGUCUGAUGUGGUUUUAAUAAUGGAUCAAGGAAACUCUAAAACUCCAUCAAUGGAAACUGAGCUUAAAGAUCACAUCAAAAGAGAAGAAAAACCCCAAAACACAACCAGAAACCUUCGUCGUCUCAGCUUCUCCAAACCCAAAGCUCGAUUCAUCGAGUAUAACUAUCCAAAUUACACUUCACAGAAAACACCCAACGAAAUGGAACCCUUGUUCGAGAAAGGCUACUAUUCUUCAAACACGGAGCAGAACGAGGAAGAGAGUGAUGAUGAUGAUGAUGAUGAAGAUGAUGAUGAGUGGAAGGAAGACGAUGGAGAGAUGAGGCCUGAUCAAAAGCGCAGAAUGAAGAAGAGAAAGGUCCCUUGGAGACUUGUGAUUGAAUGGGUAAUGUUUUUUAUGAUAUUAACUUGCUUGAUCUGUUCUCUUACGAUAGAAUCUGUCAAGAACAUGCGUAAAUGGGGUCUUGAAAUCUGGAAAUGGUGUUUAAUGGUAAUGGUAACCUUCUGUGGACGUUUAGUUUCUGGUUGGGUGAUGGGAUUUGCAGUGUUCUUGAUUGAGAGAAACUUCAUGCUUAGAGAGAAAGUAUUAUACUUCGUUUAUGGAUUAAGAAAGAGCAUUCAAAACUGUGUUUGGUUGGGACUUGUUCUUCUUGCAUGGACUUUCAUGUUCAAUGAGAAAAUCCACAAGAAAAACAAGUUUCUCAGGAAAGUUUUCCAAGCACUUAUAGCAAUACUACUAGAUGCAACUAUCUGGCUUGUGAAGAUUGUGUUGGUGAAAAUGCUAGCUUCUUCUUUCCAUGUAGCUACGUACUUUGAUCGAAUGAAAGAAAGCGUUUUCCACCAUUACGUUCUUGAUACACUUUCUGGUCCUCCAAUGGAUGAAGUGGUGGUGGAAGAGAACAAAACCCAUAAUUUAUCUGCAUCAAAAUCGCUGCCAGUAAGUUGGAAAACGAAAGGGAAGUGGAAGGAGGGAAGAAAUGAGUUGAAAUCCAAGAAGUUUAGCUCAUCAAGAAAAAUUGAUGUGGAGAAGCUGAGGCGUCUUAGCAUGGAGAGGACAGCUUCUGUAUGGAGUGUGAAAAGAUUGGUGAACUACGUCAGAUCGUCAGGGUUGUCGACAAUUUCCAAAACUGUUGAUGAUUUUCGCGAAGCGGAGUCGGAGAUCACUAGCGAGUGGGAGGCUAGGAAUGCUGCCAAACGGAUCUUCAAAAACGUGGCAAAACCAGGGGCCAAGUAUAUUGAAGAGGAAGAUCUUAUGAGGUUUUUAAAGAGGAUUGAAAUUCACACAAUUUUUCCACUCUUUGAAGGAGCCAUUGAGACUGGAAGAAUUUCUAAAUCAGCAUUCAGGAACUGGGUGGUAAGAGCAUAUUUUGAGAGAAAAUCACUAGCACAUUCACUGAAUGAUACAAAGACAGCUGUACAACAACUUCACAAGCUAGCAAGUUCAAUAGUGGCAGUGAUAAUAAUAGUGGUGACUCUAUUGGUGAUGGGGUUGGCUACAAUGAAGAUUGUUUUAUUUGUGGCAACUCAGUUGGUGAUAUUGGGAGUUGUCUUCCAAAAUAUGUGCAAGACUAUCUUUGAAUCUAUCAUUUUUGUCUUCAUCAUGCACCCUUUUGAUAUUGGAGAUCGCUGUGUUAUCGAUGGUGUUCAGAUGAUUGUGGAAGAGAUGAACAUCUUAACAACAGUGUUUCUGAGGUAUGACAUGGAGAAAAUCUAUUACCCAAAUUCAGUUUUGAUCACAAAACCAAUCAGCAAUUUCUACCGAAGUCCAGAGAUGGGUGAUGCCAUUGAUUUUGCUAUUGAUCUUUCCACUCCUAUGGAGACUAUUGUUGCUCUUAAAAAGGCCAUUCAAUUGUACAUUGAGAGCAAGCCAAGCUGUUGGAACCCAAAGCACACAGUGGUGGUGAAAGAAAUUGAGCAAGCAAACUCUUUGAAAAUGGCUUUGUAUGUGAAGCACACCAUCAACCAUCAAAACUAUAGCGAACGGUCUAUUCGCAUAUCGGAGUUACUUCUCGAGAUGAAGAAGAUUUUUGAAAAUCUUGGGAUCAAUUAUCAUCUCCUUCCUCAAGAGAUUCAUCUCACCAAGCUCAAUAUCGAGGGAUUGAGAUUAUUACCUUAUUAAUUAGUUAUCUUCUUAAAAUUUUAUUGCAUUUCAAAUUAAAUGCUUUUUAGGAUUUAUUUGACUUAAUUGAUUUGAAUUAAAGAUGGUCUUAUCCAAUGAAGUUGUAAUAAGAGAUGCUUGAAUUUUUCUUUAUAUAUCAUGCGUUUGGAAUGGAUGA